UUCAAUUUAGAUUAGGACUAUCGAAUCAUUUUCAUAUUAUUGACAGUUGCUACAGAGUUGAAAAUGUAUAAGACAUUCUGGAUGGGUUUUAUCGCUUCAAUUUUGCUGUCAUUUGUAUCAUUUGUAUGUUCUGAACCGAAAGCUCCAUCAUCUCCAUGUGAUACAAACCCUUGUUCAAACGGCGGCACUUGCAAUUACCAGCCGCCUACAGGCAAAUCCACAUUUACUUGCACGUGUUCUCCAAAUUACUCAGGAGCAUUAUGUGAUCAGGAGAUAAUUGAUGACAGCUUGUCCGACGGAGAAAUAGCAGGAAUCGUAGUUGGAUGUGUGGUGCUAUUAGUACUUAUAGUUGUCAUUGCUAUAGUUAUUUGGAAAUGUUGUUGUAAAAAAUCUAAAAGCGUGCCAAUGUGAUGAUAUCUCAAUUCCGUGAAUAUCAAAUAUAAACAGUCAUCAAAUCAAAGAAAACAGAUUCCGUCCUAACUAUGAAUGAAUUAAUGAUAGCUAUAUAAACUCCUUAAUGUUUUAGUAACCCAUUUCUAAUUUAAUACAAAUAUUUUAAAUCAAACAUGGUUUACGUAUCUUUGGUCAUUGCCAUAAUAAAUUUCUUCCUCUUUACAAAAUAUCAAUAUAUAUAUAUUACUUCUUUGUUUUAAAAGUCGUUGCAUAACUCACCAAAUCAACACGGCACAAUAGCCACUACCACUUUUCAAACUAAAUUCGUGACACAAAUGUUUAUUAUUUUGUAAACCUUCAUCUAUCGAAUUCGAUAUUCGGAAGUAAUCUUAGAAUAAAAAAUCGGAAAAAAUCAAAACUCACUUUUUGCCAACAAUUUAUUUUUAUUUCUAUAUGCCACAAAUUGAGACAAUUGCCGUUAUCAUAAAGCAGAACAAUCCUACAUACCACUCUUUAUACUUGUUAUAAGACAUCUCAACUACGUGUACGACACCUUUUACGAAAUUCUUUUUUUACCUACACUCACGAGUUUUAGAACCUCAAUAAAGACCACUUCAAAUACAAAUCAACUGAAUGCACAUGUUCAAGUUCAAUUGCAAAUAUUAGAUGGCUGGUCAAGUAAUAACUGAUAACCUUUAGCUAACACUGUCAAAUUUUUAUGGAAGUAUAAUCCCAUUGAUAGUGAUGGCUUAUCGCAAAGUUGCGAUGCAAAUGAAAUCAUGUUUGCCUUUUUCAUUACGAUUAUUGACCAUUAUAUCCAAUAAACAACUAAGUGCAACUGAUAGUUUCUGGUUUCCCCUUGGAAAGCAUACAUGUAUAUGUAACAGUAAAUAGGUGAAAUAAGGACUCACAUGUAAUUACUAAAAUUUAGGAAUUACAAGUGAUUCCCGAUGCACUUAGGAAAAAGAAGUAAUUCAUAAAACGGCCCAGUAAUUACUGAUUUUUACACCUAUUUAUUAACUGAAAAACUAUGUUGUAAUAUGGUCCUCUGAUCAAAACGUAUGGUAAUACUUACUAGAAUAUCAGUGAGUAUUAUUAAAAAAGGGAUCAGCCUUAAAUAUACCUUUUUGCUAUAGGUUCAUUAGCUACGAGAUUAAAAUUAUGUAGGA